GGGGUGGGUAUAUAGGGCGCGCUGGCCGGGGGCGGAGUCUCUCAUUCCUCCCGCAGCGGCUGCAGCAUCAUACCUGAUCUCCGGCGUCUCCUCACCCGCACCUACCAGUGACACAGUAAGAUGGCUGAUGAAGAGAUUGCAGCGCUCGUCGUGGACAAUGGCUCUGGGAUGUGCAAGGCCGGCUUUGCAGGGGACGAUGCUCCUCGCGCUGUCUUCCCCUCAAUUGUUGGACGCCCCAGACAUCAGGGCGUGAUGGUUGGCAUGGGCCAGAAAGACAGCUAUGUGGGUGAUGAGGCACAGAGCAAGAGAGGCAUCCUGACUCUAAAAUACCCCAUCGAGCACGGCAUUGUCACCAACUGGGAUGAUAUGGAGAAGAUCUGGCAUCACACCUUCUACAAUGAGCUACGUGUGGCCCCUGAGGAGCACCCGGUCCUGCUCACAGAAGCUCCCCUGAACCCCAAAGCCAACAGGGAGAAGAUGACACAGAUCAUGUUUGAGACCUUCAAUACCCCGGCCAUGUAUGUGGCUAUCCAGGCUGUGCUGUCUCUCUAUGCCUCUGGCCGUACCACCGGUAUUGUUAUGGACUCUGGUGAUGGUGUGACCCACACAGUGCCCAUCUACGAAGGUUACGCCCUGCCUCAUGCUAUUCUGCGCCUGGACUUGGCUGGCCGGGACCUGACUGACUACCUCAUGAAGAUCCUGACCGAGAGGGGCUACAGUUUCACCACCACAGCUGAGAGGGAAAUUGUGCGGGACGUCAAGGAGAAGCUUUGCUACGUAGCCUUGGACUUCGAGCAGGAGAUGGCCACUGCUGCUUCCUCCUCCUCUCUGGAGAAGAGCUACGAGUUGCCGGACGGUCAGGUCAUCACUAUUGGAAAUGAGAGGUUCCGGUCUCCGGAGGCCCUCUUCCAGCCCUCUUUCUUGGGUAUGGAGUCCUGUGGCAUUCACGAAACCACCUUCAACUCCAUCAUGAAGUGUGACGUAGACAUCCGUAAGGACCUGUAUGCCAAUACCGUUCUGUCUGGUGGUUCCACAAUGUAUCCAGGGAUUGCUGACCGAAUGCAGAAGGAAAUCUCUGCCCUCGCUCCUAGCACAAUGAAAAUAAAGAUCAUCGCUCCACCUGAGCGCAAGUACUCAGUCUGGAUUGGUGGCUCCAUCCUGGCCUCCCUCUCCACUUUCCAGCAGAUGUGGAUCAGCAAGCAGGAGUACGACGAGUCUGGUCCUUCCAUCGUUCACCGCAAAUGCUUCUAGAUGCACUGCUGACCGAUGCCUUGCACCUGCUGCCGGAGGUCUUUAUUAACUUGCCUCAGCACCCUGGAAUAGAGCCGGAGGCACCUGCCCCCAGGACAUGAGACGUUCUUGCGUCCAUCUUGCUGGGAUGUCUAAUUCUUGUCAUACCCUGUACACACCUUCUCUUGCACACCCCGGUCACCGGGAGAGGUUUAGGCUGGAGGUGUGUAUGGGGUAUCUAAGGUUUUAGCCUUCCCGAUAUCUAAUGCUUAAUAUUCCAGAAUUUCCUGUCUGAGGCUGGUUAGAGUUCCUGAUGUAACUUUCUAGCACGGCUGGAAAACAAGGCAUGCAGCAGGCCUUACAGCCAGGCUUUACUCUUCCCAGUUUUGUGUUCCUAACAUUCCACGUAGAUCUGGGGUUACACCUGUAGCAGUCUCCUCCUCGUCCCGGCUAACUUGUGUCAUUUUUAUUUAUUUUCUUUUGUAUGUUGCGUUAACGUUCUCGCAUGUAAUCCCCAAACCCCCCCUCUAAGUUGAGGUUGUAACUCCCAGAAACACUUGUGUAACAAAUAAAGCGCUGGUGUAAUAAACAA